UUUGUUAUUUGCUAUUCACCAUUUAUACGUUCUGUGGCUUCACGGCCAGAAUUUUCCACAAUUAUCAAAUGGUACUUUCCUUUUUUUUUACAUUCUUCUUUAAUUCUAUGGGCUAAAUAUUUAUAUGUAUUAAGCAUGGUGUCAAACUGAUUAAUAGGCUGGUUUAGUAUCCCACCAAAACCGGUUUCGUAUUUCCGAACUAUUGUAUUCUAAUUUUAUUAAAUUUUUACUAUCUUUUACAUUAUAUUCUAAGAUAUCCAAUGGACAACAUAUCAAAUUUGAUGCUUUCGUACCAAUUGGUAAUCGAAAUUUUAUUAAUGAACUUCAAAAACAUCAGCUAAUUAGUCUAUAAUCAGGUACACCAUUUAAUAAACUUGCAAUUCCAGAAUGUUUUAUAGCUCGCAAGUAAUUACAUAUAUCUAAUAAACAGAUAUAUUAUAUAAUAUCUGUGGAUAUACAGGGUGUCCCACGAAGUUCUGACAAAUGAAAUAACUUGUAUUCUAAUCAAUAUUUUUUCAUUUUUUUUUUUUUAUACAAUUAAUAGACGUUUGUACUACACGUAUAAUAUAAACUUUUUUAUUUUCAUUUUUUUGUGCAUAAAAUAAGAAAUUUUAAAUUUGAUUUUCAUUUUUUUCAAAAAAUUCAAAAUAGCCAAUUUAUAAACAUAUUGAAAAAAAUAGAUUUAACGUUUACGGUAUUUAAUUUGAGUAAUCCAUUUGCGACUUAUUAACAUUUAAAUAUUCGUUCAAUUUACUGCUACUGGGAAAUUUAUCAAACCCAACAGUAAAAACCAGAAGUCAAAACGAACCAGAGAUAAGUGACUAGUAACUAAAAUAGUACAACAGAUUACAGAAUAUUUAUGAUAGUCAUAGCAUAGAACAAGGUCAUAGUACCGUCAUAUCCACGGUUUAAAGAUAUGUAUAUCCAAUAUUUAAUCUAUUCUGUGGUAUAUCUACAACCAUGGUCAUAUCUAAUAUUAUGUGGUAUAGUAUUGAUACUACUAUCUUAAUUCGUGGUUUUAGCGUGGUAUUGUUCUAUGGUUUUAGGCAACUAAUAAUUUGUAACCAUAAAAAUGAAAUGGUUAUAGUCUGUGGUUAUAGCAGUACAACCACUCUUAUCGGUCCUUAUCAUUUUUCGGACAACUGCCAUCGACCGGUAUUCAUAGACGGAACUUACAACACAAACACACAAACAACUUAGAAACAACAAUAACAACAUAUGUAUAUAUUUUUGUGACGAAUUAAGUUUGCUAAUUAAUUAAUUUUAAAAUUUUAUUUAGUACUAAUUUAUUAUAAAACAGUAAUAUAACUUAAUAUUUAUUUUGAAGAAAAUAGUUCAACUACCUACUACCUAUAAUGUAUUUUCAAAAUGACCUCCAUGAUUCGUUACACAUUUUUCGUAUCGUUGUAAUAUUGACGCAGUCACUGAAUUCAAAAUUUGUAGUGUUAUGGACUUGCAUGCUACUGUUAUGCGCUCUUUCAAAUCAUCCAAUGAAGUAGAUUGUUCAGUGUAAACACGAUCUUUUAAAUAUCCCCAUAAAAAAAAAUCCAGUGGAGUAAGAUCUGGAGAACGUGGUGGCCAUUUCACAGGACCGUUUGUUCCUAUCCAUCGCAACGGAAAAUUAUGGUUCAAAUAAUUUCUAACCACAUUAGCAUUAUGUGGAGGGGCACCAUCUUGCUGUAACCACAUACAUUCCCGAAUAUGAAGAGGGACAUUUUCUAGCAAUGAUGGUAAAAUAUUUUCCAGAAAAUCCAAAUAACGCUCACCAUUUAAUGUUCCUUCAUAAAAGUAAGGGCCAAUUAAUGUGUUGUUUAAUAUACCACACCAUACAUUUGUGGACCAUCGAACUUGGGACUUUGUUUCUCUUGUCCAAAAUGGAUUUGAAUCAUUCCAAUAAUGUGCGUUAUGGCGAUUUACCAUGCCGUUAUUGUUGAAACAACUUUCAUCAGUCCAUAAUAUUUUGUUCAAAAUAUUGCUAUCCUGGUCAUAUAAGCUAACUAUUAAUGAUAUGAAUUGGAGUCUUCUUUCUGGAUCUGAUGGUUUCAACCCUUGAACGCAAUGCAAUUUGAACGGGUGAUAUACAUUGUUUAUUAAUAUGCGAUGUACAGUUGAUUUACUAAUAUCUGUUUGCCGAGCUAUGGAUCUAAUUGAUGCAUGUGGUGUGGAACUAAAUGCAGCUAAAACAUCAACAUUGUGAGAAUCAUCUGCAGCAGUGUAAUGUUUUUUCAACCGAUGGCCAUUUGGAAAGCUGCCUGUUCAACAAUUUGUUUUUUUAGUUUAUUUAGUAAAUUAUUUUUAAAAAUGUCAAUGCAGAGCAUAUGUAAUUAUUGUCUAAGCGAUACCUAUUAGUUCAAAUUCAUGUUUGCCCUUUAUUUAAUAUUUUUUUAGUUUUUACAAAAUAUCCGCUACGAUAGAUUGUAAUAUUAACUUCAUGAUAAUAUUUGAUGUUAUUAUUGUCUAAACGAUACCCAUUAAUUCAAAUAAUAUUUCAUUUUAUUUUAUAUUAUAUUAUAGGCUAAAUAGUAAAUUGUAUUUUUAUUUUUUUUUAAAUAAAAUCAUGUUGCCCUUUAUUUAAUAUUUUUUUUUAGUUUUUUUACAAAAUAUUGUCUACGAUAAAUUGUAAUUUGUAUGUGUGUUACCUAUUAUUAUAAUUCAUAAAAAUAUUUAUAUUUUUGUCAAUUAUUAAAAUUGAAAUCUACCUGUUUGACGCAAUGUUUUUUCAAUGUUGAUAAAUGUAGCCCGUGAAGGUUGUCUUCGUUCUGGAAAUGUUUGUAAAUAUUGACGAGAGGCAUUUAAUGUACUUUUACCACAUUUAUAAAAAAUAGCCAACAUAUCAGAAUACUCUGCAUUACUAUAAAUAGCAGGCAUCUUGAAAUUUAAUUAGUUUUAAUUACUAAAUAAAAUAAGUUAGUCUUAUUAGAAAACCUAACUAAUAAAAUACCAAAUGCAGUUUGAAAAAAAACUGGAUUUCCAUAACCAAGAUAUCAAACUCAUCUGAUCUUGAUUGUUAAAUUAUAAAUAGUAUAUUUAUUAGUUUUAUCUAACUGGAAAUUUUGACAGUCAGUGUGUUGUAAAUAUAUUUUUAUAGUAUUUCUUGUUUCAUAUCUUGUUUGAUACUUGCAUUGAAAGGUACAAAUUACACUUUCUCUGUCAAUUAUUUAAUAUUUAAAGUACCUAGACUUUUUUAAAAAUGGAAGUUUAUGAAGAUGUUGGUGAAUUAUAUUGCGAAUAUGUCAAAAAUAAUGAAGACGACACCAUGACUGAAUUGGAUUUUUUUAAGUCAGCAUUUAAAGAUGCAAUGAUCGAAAUUGAUAAUCUGCGUCAGCAAUACCAUAAUUUAAACGAGCAAUUUAACAAUAAAAAAGUUGAAAGCAGUUACUAUGCUGAAGAUGUGAUACAGCUUCAAACUGAUAAUAAGUCACUCACUGAAGAACUUGUGACAUUAAAAAUUCAAGAAAAGUCAUAUAAAGAAAAAUAUGCUAUACUUAAAACAAAAAAUGAGAUUUUGGAAGAAGACAAUUCAGCAAUUAAAACCAAAAAUGAUUCUUUAGAAAAAGAAAUUAAAUUAUUUAAACAAAAAAUGGCCACUAUUGAGGUGAAAGAUAAGGCAGAACAUUACGAAGAAAAAAAAAAAGAACAACAAAAUGUGCAUAGCUUAAUCUCAUCUGCUAAAAAUAUGAAUAAUUAUGUUAAGAGAGAUGAUUUACUGCCGAUUGAAUCCAAGGUUUCUUUUAUAGAAAAACUUGUAUGCUCAAAGAUGGAUAGAUUGAAAUUACAAGAUGAGACAAGCAGUCUGAUAAAUGUCAUCGAUGAUACAUUGAAAACAAAUUAUAAUUGUACUGAAUGGUGGUGUCCCAAGCACAGUAAAUUUUUGGAAAUUUUAAAUGGCAUCAAAAUUGGCGAACAAACUGUGGAAGAUAAAUACAUUAUAAGGAAAGCCAAAUCUAGAUUUGCUUAUUGGGAUGAUAAAAAUAAUAAAAAUACACCAAGGUGUCCUACUCAAGACAGAAAAAGAGGAGAGGUUAUUCAUUAUCAAAAACCUAAAUGUUGGCCGUAAAAUAAUAAUGUUAAAAAAAAAAACCUUUAAAUAAAAAUACGAUGGUAAUUAUUAAAUAAUAAUUUAUU